GUUGGUACUCCUGCAAAGGGGUGUGACGUCUUGUAUUUGCUUCCACCAGUUUCACUGUGGAUAGAAAGCCGUAGGCGACAGCAGGCAGAGAGAUAUUCGUAGGAAACGGUGCAGCUAGUCACGAGGGACUAAGUAUAUAUUUGUACACCAAGCGUAAUACUAAACACUUUUUUUUGCAUUGUUAGCGGUUCAUGCUCGACAGAAAAGGUUGCACUUGCGUUACAACUCAACUUCUCCAAAAUGAUGGAUGUACCGAUAUCAUCAGAUAUAAUGAUUUUGGGUGGAAAUUCUCACCCUGAACUUGCAAAUUUAAUAGCAAACCGCCUUGGAGUUAAACCAGGAGGAUGUGCUGUUUAUCAUAAGACAAAUCGAGAAACAAUGGUUGAGAUUGGAGAUUCAGUCAGAGGCAAAGAUAUUUACAUCAUUCAAACGGGAACUAAGGAUGUCAAUAAUAACAUCAUGGAAUUGUUGAUUAUGGCAUAUGCUUGUAAAACUUCUUCGGCAAAAAAUAUUGUUGGUGUUAUUCCAUACUUGCCCUACAGCAAGCAAUGCAAAAUGAGGAAACGUGGUUGCAUUGUCAGCAAGUUGUUGGCUAAAAUGAUGUGCAAGUCAGGUCUUAGUCAUGUUAUUACGAUGGAUCUUCAUCAGAAGGAAAUUCAAGGCUUUUUUGAUUGCCCUGUGGAUAACUUGCGUGCAUCACCCUUCUUGUUGCAGUAUAUUCAGGAGUGUAUUCCUGACUAUCGUAAUGCAGUUAUUGUGGCACGAAACCCAGGUUCUGCAAAAAAAGCAACAUCAUAUGCAGAACGUUUACGUUUGGGCAUUGCUGUGAUCCAUGGUGAACAAAAAGAAGCCGAAUCAGACAUGGUGGAUGGCCGUUAUUCUCCCCCUACUGUACCUCGUUCCCGUACAAUGGAUGUGGGUGUGGGUGUACCUGUUCAUCCCGCAAAGGAAAAACCCCCAAUUAAUGUAGUAGGUGAUGUGGGUGGUCGAAUUGCUAUCAUGGUGGAUGACAUGGUGGAUGAUGUCCAGUCUUUUGUAGCAGCUGCUGAAGUCCUAAAAGAACGUGGAGCGUACAAAAUUUAUGUGCUUGCUACACAUGGCUUGUUAUCUUCAGAUGCUCCUCGACUGAUUGAAGAUUCUCCAAUUGAUGAGGUGGUGGUGACAAACACUAUUCCUCAUGAAUUGCAAAAAAUGCAGUGCCAUAAAAUCAGAACAGUAGAUAUCAGUGUACUACUGUCUGAGGCCAUACGUCGCAUUCACAACAAGGAAUCUAUGUCUUAUCUUUUUAAGAAUGUUACUCUUGAGGACUAAGUCCCAAAUGUAUGUGCACAGUCUUAAUGUUUUAAUGUGGUGUUGAAUGAAAACUGCGUGCAGUGUUAAUCAGUCUCCCGUUCACUUCCCAGUUACUUGUAUUGUGCUGUAUAGUAUCUGUUCAUGUAUUUUGUUAGACAUCAUGUAACACUUGUAGAUUAUUUUCAUGAUAAUAAACAAAGAAAAGUUCAUAUUUUCAAGCAAUUUUUUUUCUUUAUUCUAAACAUGGACAAAUUUUAAAAUGUAAGUAGAUUAUUUUCCUAGAUUUAGAUUAUUUUUCAUGGGACUUCUUAUUUGGUUGGUUGUUGGUAGGUCAUGCAAGUGAAGUUGAACCCACUUCUCCCUCUUUAUAUUGAAAACAUAGAUCUUCAUUACCGUAAUAUUACUAUUAAUGCUAUAUAAAUUAACAUAUAUUUUUGUAAAUCCAAUAGACAGCAAAUAAUUAUACUAUGGCAUGAUAUUUUUAAAAAACAGACUGAAAUUGAUUAACAUUCAACAAUCACAUAACAAUUAGGUGUAACCAUUAGAGUAAAAUAGAUCAGUGCUGUAUUAUGUUCCUUGGUCACCAAUACAACUAAACAUGUUAUGGGGUUCCUUUUUGAUAAUGCGUUUCAUACACCCAAAAGAAAUUUCCGAAAAACAAACAUGUAUAGACGUGUUUAUAGUACUACUGUAUGUUGAAAGAGAGCAAGGAGUGAACUUACAAACUGAGAAUGUUUGAAUUUGCAAAACCUUUUUUCCUUCAUUGAAAAUGAGCUAUUAUUGUACUCAUGUUGCCUUCAUCUCUUCAUUAUUAGUUAUUUCAGAGAGCUAUUGCACAAGGUGAUUAGAUUCUGUUAGAAUGGAAAUUUUGGGUUGAGUAACUAGCUGCCCUGCCACUUGCUUGUUGAGGGAGAAUCAGCAAGAAGUUUUAUGGAAUCACAGACAACUAACCCAAUGACCAACUGUUAUAAAUUCAUCACAAAGGUUGUUACAUGUAUUCAACACAUUCCAAUCUAUUUGUCUCCAUGAUACUCUGAUUGUUUCCCCCUAUCACAUUCAUUUUUCAUAUUCCUGUUUGACAAAUGUAAGAAAUUAAAAGUAUUUCCAAACUUUAAUUUAUACAUGAAUAACAGUCUGU